AACAGUUGUUACCUUUUACUUUCAAUAUUUUAGUUUAGUUUCUAACAUACAUUUUCCCUUAAAUUAACAUUCAAAUGAACUCAAAUUAUAAAUAUAUAUGAGAAUGUCUAAAUAUUAGUCCAUUUUUUAGUGUAUUUAGAAAUGUGUACCUAAUUCUGUAUUUUAUUUACUCAACACAAAAGUUAUAUUAUAUAAAACCGUGCGAUUCCGAUUAAAAAUCAAGCAAUAUUUAAUGCUCCAACAUGGCAUUCAUCGGAAAAUCAAAAUUUACAACCUGUCAAGCACGUGAAAGAGCGAGAAUAAAUGCAAAGAAAACUGGCCUAAAAUACGUAAAUAAAUAUGGGCCCGAGGACCCUCUGGCACAUCACGGAGAGAGAAGUACGAUGAAAUGUGUUCGCCACAUGUGGAGUGGGGAAACUCGUUCGCCGGGCGGCGAAGGGGGGGAAACUCGUUCGCCGGGCGGAGGAGUGGGAGAACACGUUCGGCGGCGGAGGGGAAAAGAACGUUGAGAGCGAGACCGAAGUGAAGGGAAGGACCGCGCGCGAAGCGGCCCGAAGCGAGCGAGGAGCGGCUGUCGGGAGCGAAUCCGUGGCCGCUGAGGCAUUGGUGCAGAUCUCGGCUCGGUUAACGCCGGCUCGCGCGGCGAGAGAACGUGGCUCUCACGAACGCAAAAGCGAGGCGUGCGCGCGCGCGCGCGCCACUGACGUGCGUGCUCUCGGAGCGAUACGUGCGAACGCGCACUCGAAAAAACUUGCACGCUGUGUGAGCGCGAGUGCACGACGGAACCUCGGAUGCGAACGAGCGUUCGGAGUGCGUGGUUUCUUUUUUCUGUCUGGUGGAUUUUUCUGGUGACACGUGCCCAGGUGGACCCCCGGCGCCCAGUCAACGAGUGAGAGGAUCGCCGCUCCGAUUUUCGGAUAACUCGCACGCGCGCACCAAAGGGAGCUAGGAGCGCAGUAUGUGCCCGGCGCCGGGCCCAGCGCCGCACCCCCAGGAAACACCCGUAGUCUCGAAUACACCCCCACAUAUCCGCCACCGAGAGUCGACAGAUACAGGGGCGGUGCGCAGAUACAGAAGAGAAUGACUCAGAGGGAGGACGUCCUCAAGUUCGAGCAGGGCCGCAUCAAGGCCCUGCAGGAGGAACGUCUCCACAUCCAGAAGAAGACGUUCACAAAAUGGAUCAAUUCGUUUUUGUUGAAGGCGCGUAUGGAGGUGGACGAUCUGUUCACCGACCUGGCGGACGGCAAGAAGCUACUCAAACUAUUGGAGAUCAUCUCUGGCGAGCGAUUGGCCAAGCCCAACAACGGGCGCAUGCGAGUUCACAAAAUCGAGAACGUGAACAAGUCCCUGGCGUUCCUCCAUACCAAGGUCCGUCUGGAGAGUAUCGGUGCGGAGGACAUCGUGGAUGGUAAUCCCAGACUGAUCCUCGGUCUCAUCUGGACCAUCAUUCUGAGGUUCCAAAUUCAGGAGAUCGAGAUCGACGUGGACGAGGAGAACGACAGCAGCGAGAAGAAGUCUGCCAAAGAUGCUCUGCUACUCUGGUGCCAGAGAAAGACGAACGGCUAUCCCGGCGUCAACAUCCAGGACUUUACCGGGUCCUGGAGGAGCGGUCUUGGUUUCAACGCUCUCAUACACGCUCACAGACCGGACUUGGUCACUUGGUCGGAAUUACAACAAAACAAGAACAUCGAUAAUCUCAAUUAUGCCUUCGACGUUGCUAACUCGGAACUUGGCAUACCGCGGCUCCUGGACGCGGAAGACGUGGAUACCGCCAGGCCCGACGAGAAGUCGAUUAUCACCUAUGUUGCGUCUUAUUACCACACGUUCGCCAGGAUGAAGAAUGAGAUAAAGAGCGGCAAAAGAAUAGCAAAUAUUGUUGGUCAAAUGAUGGACGCCGACAAGAUGAAGAUCCACUACGAGAAGCUAACGACCGACCUGCUGGAGUGGAUCAAGAUGAAAAUCGAGGUUCUAGAGAGCCGCAGCUUUCCUAACUCGCUCGAAGGAAUCCAACGAGAACUCCUAGCCUUCAAGCAAUACCGAACGGUGGAGAAACCGCCGAAAUACAAGGAACGGUCCGAGAUAGAGGCGCUGUACUUCCACAUAAACACCCGGUUGAAAUCUCUGAACCAGCCGGCGUUCACGCCGCAGGAAGGCCAGUUGAUCCAUGAUAUCGAGCGGAAUUGGGUGGAACUGGAAAGGGCAGAGCACCGUCGCGAGGUCGCUCUGAGAACCGAACUCUUGCGGCAGGAGAGGCUCGAGCAGCUGAACUACAAAUUCGAGCGGAAGAGCGUGCUGAGAGAGGGCUACUUGAAGGAGAUGAUCCAGGUGCUGACGGAUCCCAGGUACGGCAGCAAUCUGGCGCAAGUGGACGCCACCGUGAAGAAACACGAAGCUAUCAGCGCGGACAUCUUGGCACGCGAGGAACGUUUCCACGAUUUGACGAACAUGUCCGAGGAACUGGUGCGAGAGAACUAUCACGGCCUCGAGAGGGUGCGCAGCAGGGAACAGGAGGUGUUGCAAAGGUGGAAGGAGCUGCUGGCACUGCUGGACCACCACAAGUCCAACCUGGUUGCGCUGAGCUCGCUGAUGAGUCUGAUGAGGGAGAUCGACACGACGCUGGCUUCCAUCCAAGAACUCCAGCUAAACUUUCAGAGCACCGACGUGGGCCCGCACCUGCUGGGAGUCGAGGAUCUCCUGCAGAAACAUAGUCUGCAGGAGUUGCAGGUGACGGCUCUAGGUGAGAGCCAGAGGCGACUCGGCCGACAGGCUGCUCAGCACUUGGCGCAACCUCAAAGCAAGGAAGCACCGUUGUUGCAGCAGAAGCUCGAGCUGUUGAAUAGCGCUUACGACGAACUGGUGGAGAACAGCAAGGAGCGCAAGGCUCGGCUGGAAGACGCCAGGAACUUUUUCCACUUUCUGCAGGACCACGAGGACGAGGAGUCCUGGCUAGUUGAGAAGCAGCGGAUCUGCAAGGCCGGCAUCUCCGCAAAGGACUUGCGGGCGGUAAUAUCGUUGCAGCAGAAGCACAAGGCCCUACAGGAUGAGAUGAAGGUGCGCAGGCCAAAAUCCGAGCAGCUCUGCGACGCCGGCAGGAAGCUGAUCGCCGACAAUCAUCCAUCGGCAUUGGAGAUACAAAACCGCAUAGAUUCGCUGCAGGAGCACUGGCGAGUCUUAGAGGAGCUAGCGGCAUUGAGAAAGAAACAACUGGACGACGCGGCGGAGGCGUUCCAGUUUUAUGCCGACGCGAACGAGGCGGACUCGUGGAUGAAUGAGAAAAUGGCGUUGGUCGCCUCGGAGGAUUAUGGAGUGGACGAACCGAGCGCUCAAGCUCUGCUACAGAGGCACAAGGACUUGGAGGGCGAACUUAACGCCUACAAAGGCGACGUGCAGUCCCUGAAUGCGCAAGCGGAGAAGCUCAUUAAAUCUGGCAUCUCGACGCUGGAAUUGACCGCCGAUCCAGAACCGGUUGCCGAGCUAGAACAGGAAGAAUGGAGCAAGGAGAUCAGACUGGUGCCGCAAGACGAGUGGGUGGACGAGGUGAUCGAGCGGAUGGAACCGAAGACUGUCCAGGAGGACAGACUAGUGCUACAAGUAAAGAGUCUUUAUCCCUUCAGCGGUCAGGGUAUGAACAUGGCGAAGGGCGAGGUGAUGAUUCUACUGAACAAGACUAAUCCCGAUUGGUGGAGUGUUCGAAAAUCCGACGGUACAGACGGAUUCGUCCCGGCGAAUUACGUGCGCGAGAUCGAGCCGAAAGUUGUGCAGGUUCAGGUGCGCAGACCCGAGAAGGUGAAAGUGACGCAACGCGUGAAGAAAACGAAGAUGGUGAAGCAGGUGGUACCGGUUCGGCGACUGAAGUCCAUCAAGUCUACCGUGAAGCCGAUCAAGCGGAAGGCGUCGAGCGACGGCGACAGCGUGGAGAAACGUCAGAAGAAAAUCAACGACACGUACAGCGAUCUUCAGGAACUCGCCGUGAAGCGUCACGCGCUGCUGGAGGAUGCCAUCAGACUUUACGGCUUUUAUCGGGAGUGCGACGAUUUCGAGAAGUGGAUCAAGGAUAAGGAGAAGAUGCUGAGGGUUGACGAUCCUCGCGACAACGUCGAGACAGCGAGGAGAAAGUACGAGAAGUUCCUGACGGAUCUAUCGGCCUCAGGGAAGCGAGUGGAGGCUAUAGAUAGCGCGGUCGACGAAUUCGUCCGUCAGGGUCACAGUCAGCUGGAUAAAGUCAAAGCUAGGCAAAGGCACAUUCAUCAAUUGUGGGAUCAUCUGAACUGGCUGAAAACGCAAAAGGAAAAGAGCUUGGAGGGUGCGUCUAGUGUCGAAUUAUUCAACAGGACCUGCGAUGAGGCUCACGAUUGGAUGCUGGAAAAGAUCACCCAGUUGGAUACGGCUGAACUAGGACCCGAUUUGAAGACUGUACAGGCUCUUCAGAGGAGACAUCAACAUUUGGAGCGAGAAUUGGCGCCGGUCGAGGAGAAAGUGCGGAAAGUGAAUUUGUUAGGCAACAGCGUCAAGGAUUCGUAUCCGCAUGAAUGUAAUAACGUCAACGCGAGACAAACUGAGAUCAAGGAUCUCUGGAAUAAAGUACAGACGAAGGCCAAAGAACGACGAUCUCGCUUAGAAGACGCGGUUGGCCAACAAAUCUUUAUGAAUAGCUCGAAAAAUCUAAUCAAUUGGGCUACGGACAUACAAGAGACGAUAAAAGUCGAGGAACCAGUAAGAGAUGUUGCCACGGCCGAGCAACUCAAGAAACAACACAUGGAACUUGGAGAGGAGAUACGAACCAAAGAAGAUGAAUUCCGCGAGGUCGAGGACCUCGGUCGAGAACUGUUACGUCGUAAUCCCGCCUUGGCGGAUGUACGUGAACGUCUGGACAAGCUAAACGGAUUGUAUCCAGCAGUAACCGCCGACUGGAUGACAAAAGAGGAACGGCUACGGCAAUGCCUGGAAUUGCAACAAUUUAAUCGGGAGGCCGAUCAGAUCGAAGCUACCACCAGUUCUCACGAGGCCUUCCUCGAGUUUACCGACUUGGGAGAAUCUUUGGACGAUGUCGAGGCUCUGUUGAAGCAACACGAAAAAUUCGAAAAUACUCUUCACGCGCAGGACGAUAGGCUUAAAGCGUUCAGCGAUACCGCGGACAAGUUAAUCGCUCAAAAUCAUUAUGACAAAGAUUACAUUGACGAAAGAAGAAAUCAAGUGCUAGCCCGUCGUGUGGCAGUGAAGGAUGCCGCUCAACGCCGAAGAGCAGCAUUGAAAGCGUCCGAGCAUUAUCAGCAAUUCUCAGCCGAAGUGGAUGACUUGCGCGAUUGGUUGGGCGACAAGAUGAAGACCGCGGCCGACGAGAGUUAUCGCGAUCUGAACAACCUUGAGCGCAAAUUGCAGAAGCACGAGGCUUUCGAGCGAGAACUACGUGCCAACGAAGGACAGUUAAGAGCAGUCAAUAAGGCGGGCAAAGCACUGAUAUCUGAAGAGAAUUACAGAUCGGACGACGUGGGAGAAACCCUGAAAGAUCUGAAUGACCAGUGGGACCGAUUGGUAGCGUUGUCAUUGGAAAAAGGUCGCAGAUUACGACAGGCUGCCUCGCAACAUGGAUACAAUCGCACCAUGGAAGAUGCAAGAUUGAAGCUAGAAGAAAUAGAGACCUGUCUGCAGAGCAAGCAAGUGGGCACGGAUCUCCGCAGUUGUAAGGAGCUGCUGAAGAAACAUCAGACUCUCGAGAGUGACAUGUGUCAAUGGGAGCAGAAGGUGGACGAUCUCGUGGCCAUGGGUCAGGAAAUGGUGCACGAGGGUCACUUCGACGCGGCGAACAUCCUGAAGACCAGUCAAGCCACGCAGAGAAAAUUCCGUAGCCUGAAGGAGCCGGCCAAGAGACGUCGGGAGGCGUUAGAGGAGAGUCUGCGCUUCCACAAAUUCGGUUUCGAGUUAGACGCCGAAUUACAAUGGAUCAAGGAUCAUUUGCCGCAAGCAUCUUCGACGACGCUCGGACAGAAUCUGCAUCAGGCCCAAACUUUGCACAAGAAACACAAGAAGCUGGAGGCGGAGAUCGCCGGUCACCAGUCCAUGAUAGACAAGACUUUGGCUUCUGGACAGACGCUCAUCGAUCAGGCUCAUCCGGAGAAGAAGAAGAUCCAAGAACUAUGCGAUGUUCUGGAUGAUGCAUGGAGAGACUUGCAAGAUAAAGCAGGAGAGCGUAACAAAGCGUUGGAUCUGUCCCUGAAAGCACAAGAAUUCUUUUUCGAAGCUGGCGAAGUCGAAAGUUGGCUCAACGAGAAGAACGACGUGCUUAGCUCAACCGAUUAUGGCAGAGAUCGCGAUGCCGCCACGAAAUUAUUAACGAAACACAAGGCCGUUGAACUCGAAUUAGACACGUACAACGGCAUCGUGACCGAAAUGGGACACACCGCUUCCACGAUGAUAAACUCGAAACAUCCCGACAGCAAGGCGAUAGCUAACAAGCAACAAGCGAUCGUCCAGCAAAUGCGCGCCUUGCAGCGACUGGCUGCCGUGAGACAGCAACGUUUAAUGGAGAGCAUGUACCGUCACGAGUACUUCCUGGAGAGCAGGGAGUUGGAACAAUGGAUCAAGGAGCAAGAACAAGCGGCAGCAUCCGAGGACUACGGACAAGAUUACGAGCAUUUGCUGCUGCUGCAAACGAAAUUCAACGAUUUCAAGCAUCGAAUAGAGGCUGGCUCCGAGAGGUUCAACCAGUGCGAGGAGUUGGCAAGAAAAUUAAUAGCGAACGAGAGUCCUUACAUUCAGGACAUCGAAAAGCGCCAGGAACAAUUAGGAUCUGACGAAGACAAUCCAGUACUUCAAGUACAAAAGCAACAUGAUAUAAUGAAGGAAUCAUGGCAGCACUUAUUGGGUCUCAUUCGAAAUCGCGAGCAACGAUUACAAGCGGCAGGCGAGAUUCAUCGGUUCCAUCGCGAUGUAGCGGAAGCACUAUCGCGAAUACAGGAGAAAGAGGCUGCUCUGCCCGAGGAUCUCGGUCGCGACUUGAAUUCCGUUCUAGCUUUGAUAAGGCGCCACGAAGGAUUCGAGAAUGAUCUAGUCGCUUUGGAAGCUCAGCUGCAAGUCUUAGUCGAGGAUGCAUCCAGAUUGCAAGCGCAUUAUCCGGGCAACAACGCAGUACACAUCGAUCAGCAGCAACAGAUCGUUGUCGCUCACUGGGAAGAGCUGAAGGAAAGAUCCGCUCAUCGACGGGAUCAAUUACAGGCCAGCUGUGAUCUGCAACGGUUUCUUACUCAGGUCCGAGAUUUGAUGAACUGGGCAGCUGGAUUACGCGCCACAAUGUCGACGGAGGAAAAGGUGCGGGACGCGGCCAGUGCGCAAACCUUAAAGGCCGAGCACGACGCUCUGAAGGGAGAGAUCGAAGCGAGGGAGGACAGUUUCAGCUCGGUGCUCGAUCUAGGCGAGGCCAUGGUGCAAACUGGCCAUUACGCUGCUAUGGAAGUUGAAGAGAAGUGCAACCAGUUGUUGGACGAGCGGCAGAGGCUACAUACCGCCUGGCAGCAGAAGAAGGUGCAUCUGGAUCAAUUAAUCGACCUGCACUUCUUCCUGCGAGACGCCAAGCAGCUCGACACUUUAUCCAGCACUCAGGAGGCCGCGCUGAGCGGUGACAACUUCGGAGUCUCCGUCGAGGAAGUGGACGCGCAGAUGAAGAAGCACAACGAGUUCGAGAAGCUGCUGGUCACGCACGAGGAGAAGCUGACGGCCCUACAGGAACACGGCAGCAAGCUCUUGGCACAGAAUCACUUUGACUCACCAACAAUUGCCCGACGAUUGAAUGAGGUCGUCCAGAGACGCGCGAGGAUCCGUGACCUGUGCGAUGCACGAAGAAGGAGAUUGGAAGCUAGUCUGUUGCACGCGCAGUUCGUGAGGGACGUGGGCGAGGCCGAGUCGUGGAUAGGCGAGAAGCAGAAGAAGCUGGAGGCCGAAGCGUCGAAGGGCGAGGUGUCCAGCUUGGAGGACAAGAUCAAGAAACUACAGAAGCAUCAAGCAUUCCAGGCGGAAUUGGCGGCUAAUCAAGGCAGAAUCGAAGAAAUCAGAGCGAAGGGAGAGACGCUGCUAGCGCGGAAACAUCCUGCGAGCGCGGAGAUUCGUCAACAAUUGGAACAUCUACACGCGUCCUGGCGGAAAUUGCUGUUCGAAUCUGGAAACCGGGGCAGAGGUUUGGAGGAAGCUCAAGACAUUCUGGAAUUUAAUAAUCAGGUGGAGAAGAUCGAGGCUUGGAUCAGGGACAAGGAAAUGAUGGUCCAGGCCGGUGACACCGGCAAGGAUUACGAGCACUGCUUGAGUCUUCAGCGGAAACUCGACGAUGUAGAUAGCGACAUGCGAGUGGACGAUUCUAGGAUAAAAUCAAUCAAUGCUUUGGCAGAUAAACUUAUAAAACAGGGCCGCGAUAAUGAAUCGAGAGCAAUCCAGCAACGUCGCGAUAACUUCAACAACAAGUGGAAAGGCUUGCAAGGUGCAUUAAGCGCGUAUCGCGAAAUGUUAGCGGGUGCUUUAGAGAUCCAUUUAUUCAACCGGGAUGUAGACGACACAAACCAAAGAGUUAUCGAGAAAUCAGUGGCCAUGAACACAAACGACACAGGAAAAGAUUUACCGGCUGUCGAACAAUUACAACGAAAGCAAGAAGCUAUGGAGCGAGAUAUGACUGCGAUAGAAGGCAAACUAAAGGAGCAUAAAGCGGAUGCGCGUAACUUGUCGCGCAAAUAUCCGGACAAGGCGUCUGAAAUAAACGGAAUACUGUCCGAGCUUCAGUCCAACUGGGAUGAUUUGCAGCGUCUGACUCGACAUCGACGUGACGCAUUGAACCAGGCCUACACAUUACACAAAUUCCAAGCUGAUUUGCACGAACUGGACAUUUGGGUGGCGGACACCAUCAAACGCAUGGACGAAUCCGAACCACCAACUACCAUAUCCGAAGCUGAAGCCGUACUGGAACUGCACCAAGAAAGGAAAGCAGAAAUCGAUGGCAGGAAAGAUAUAUUUAAGGGUUUGAAGGAGCAUGGCCAGAAGCUGCUGUCGAUCGACGAGGAUGUCAAGGAUAAUCUCGGACAUCUGGAAGAACUCAGGCAGACCUUGGUGAACGCCUGGGACGAUCGCAGGCAGAAAUUGACACAAGCGCAUCAACUGCAAUUGUUCAAGGAACAGGCCGAUCAAGCUGACAGCUGGUUGGCGACGAAGGAAGCGUUUCUCAACAACGACGAUCUCGGUGACUCGCUAUCAGGCGUCGAGACACUGCUGCGUAAGCACGAGGAGUUCGAGAAGAUGCUAAUGUCUCAGUUGGGACGUAUCGAAGAGCUCGAGAAGUUCGCCAAUGACAUUCUGUCGCGGGAACACGCGGACGCGGGUACAAUAAAGCAACGACUCGCCUCGGUAUGCACUAGACGGGACAAGUUGAAAAAUAGCGCGACAGCGAGAAGAAAGAAACUGCUGGAGAGCCACCACCUGCACCAGUUCCUCAGAAACAUAUACGAGGUGGAGGGGUGGUUGCAUCAGAAGCAACAGGUGGCCAGCGACGAGAAUUACAGAGACUCUUCGAACCUGCAGAGCAAGAUCCAGAAACAUGCCGCGUUCGAGAGCGAACUGAUGGCGAACAAGGGCAGAGUCGCGUCAGUGGUCAACGAGGGCGAGGCGCUCAUUGAGGAGAAUCACUACGCCUCGAAAGAGAUACAGGAACGCUUGGACGAGUUGGAAGCAGAAUGGCGCCUGCUACAGGAGACCAGCGAGCUGAAGAAGAAUCGGCUGAACGACGCGUAUCAGGCUCUGCUCUUUGGCCGUAGUCUGGACGAGUUCGAAACGUGGAUGGACGAGGUGGAAACUCAGUUACAGUCGGAAGACCACGGCAAGGAUCUCUCGAGCGUGGCGAAUUUGCUGAAAAGACACACCAACUUGGAGAACGACGUUCUCGGUCACAACGAGGCGUGCGAGACCAUCAAGGAGACCGCCGCCAGCUUCCAGAAAUCGAAUCACUUCAUGUGCGACGAGAUUCAGGACAGAGCGUUAGUCACGAUCAAUCGGUAUCACAGUCUACAGGAACCGAUACAGAUUCGCAGGGACAAUUUGGAAGACGCGAAGCUGUUGCAUCAGUUCGCGAGGGACGUCGAGGACGAGUUGCACUGGCUAUCGGAGAAGGAACCGUUAGCUGCGAGCAACGAUUUGGGAAGCAGUUUGACCACAGUACAGCGAUUGCAAAAGAAACAUCACGCUCUGGAAGCAGAACUGUUGUCUAGAGAACCUGUAGUAGCUUCCUUGGUCAGUCGAGCGACUGUGAUGAUCAGGAGCGGACACUUCGCAGCAGACAAGAUCGAAAAGUUAUCUCAAGAAUUGCAGGCGAAAUUGUCACACUCGAGGGAUCUGGCGAGCGUCAGAAAAUUGAGAUUACUUGACGCCGUGGAAUCGCAAAUGUUUUACGCCGAAGCCGCGGAAGCUGAGCAGUGGAUAAGGGAGAAACAUCCACAAUUGUCGUCGACCGAUUACGGCAAAGAUGAAGACUCCGUACAGUCUCUGUUAAAGAAGUUAGAAGGCAUCGAACGCGACUUGUCCGGUUUUGAAAGCACAGUUGACAAUUUGAAGAAACUUUCACGUGGCCUAGUCGAGCGACAUCAUUUUGAUAGCAAGAAUAUUGCUCAGAAACAGACGGACAUUGAAUUAAAAUUCAAAGAAUUACAAAAAUUGAAGGAAUAUCGAUUACAGAGAUUAUCAGAGAGCGAGAAAUUCUACAAAUUCAUCAGACAGGCGGACGAAGUAAUCGAGUGGAUCGGGGAUCAAACAACUGUUGCCGCAUCGGAGGACUACGGCCGUGACGUCGAGCACGUGGAACUGCUGAUCCAAAUAUUUGAUAAUUUCCUAGCGGGACUAACAACCAGUGAAGGACGCGUAUCGGCUGUGCUUGAUCAAGGACAGCGAUUGAUUGACCAAAAUAAUCCCGAGAAGAAAAAGAUACUCUUGAAAAUAGACGAGACGAAGCAACAAUGGGAAGACUUGAAAGAACUGGCGCACGCUCGACAGGAGGCAUUAGCAGGCGCCAAGCAGGUUCACAUGUUUGAUAGAACAGCUGAUGAGACUAUCUCCUGGAUACAGGAGAAGGAAGCUGCUCUCAGCUCGGACGGCUACGGCCACGACCUGGAGACAAUUCAGGCGCUGGUAAGGAAGCAUCAGGGAUUCGAAACCGACUUGGCGGCUGUGAAGGAGCAAGUGGAAAGCCUGAUGGAGGAGGCGUCCAGGUUGAUCGAGCUGUUCCCGGACGCGCGUGUGCACAUUGACGUGAAGCAUCAGGAGGCGGAAGCGGCCUGGGCCGAAUUGCUGGAGAAGGCAGCGCAGAGGCGAAGUAAACUCGCACAAGCGGAGCAGUUGCAAGCGUACCUGGGCGAGUACAGAGAGCUGAUAUCCUGGAUCAACGAGAUGGUGGCCAAGGUGACAGCACCAGAGCUGGCCAGAGACGUUCCCGGCGCCGAGGCGUUGAUAUCCAGACACAACGAGUACAAGUCGGAGAUCGACACACGCGAGGAGGCUUUCGAGAAGUUCUACCGGACCGGGCAGGGUCUGAUCAAGCAGGGGCAUUUCCUGGCGAAGGAGAUUGAGGAUAAGAUAUCGGUGCUGCAGCAACGCCAACAAAUUCUGAAGGACACGUGGCAGCAGAGGAGGCACAUUUACGAUCAGAAUCUGGACACGCAGCUGUUCAAGAGGGACGCGGAGACUUUGGAGAACUGGAUAGUCAACAGGGAGCCAAUGUUGCAGGACGAAAAGCUGGGAGAGAGCAUAUCGCAAGUGGAGGAAUUAAUCAGGAAGCACGAGGAUUUCGAGAAGACCAUAGAGGCGCAGGAAGAGAGAUUCAGCGCGCUUCAACGAAUAACAAUGCUGGAGAAAGCCUUCCAAAAGCAGCAGGAAGCGGAGAUGGCCGCUCGCCAAGCGGAGAAAGAACGCAUAGAACGUGCGAGGAUCGAGGAACGGAAACGCAAAGAGGUGCAGAGGAUAACCGAGGAACGGAAACGCGAGGAAGAACGCAGGCGAUUAUUGGACAAUUCUCAUCGCACGCAACACGACGAAAUCAACGGCUCUGUCGACGAACACGAGUCUGCGAAUAUGCUAUCUCCGCUAAAGGGGGCAACUGCUGUCGAAACACCAGCACCUGCGACACCGCAGAAGUCUCACGGUCUAUCGCAUGUGUUCGGCGAAAAAUUAAGACGAGCGACUUCCGAUAUCAAGAGAGCUGAGAGCAUGAAAGUGGACACGAAGAAACCAAAACGAACCCCCAGCUUCACGACCAGACGACGAACGCAAAGCUUCAGGAAACUGCAACGAAUGGAGAACAUGGAUGCCUUGCGUCCCGUUGAAAUCCAGGGUCUCCUCGAGCGAAAGCACGAGCUUCAAAGCGCCGGCAAAAAGGCAGCCGUUCGAUCGUGGAAGCAAUAUUACACUGUUCUAUGCGGUCAGCUGCUAUGCUUCUUCAAGGACAUGGAAGACUUCUCGUUAAGCAAAGCCGCCACUGCUCCGAUAACCAUUUUUAAUGCCAUAUGCGAGAAAGCGGACGAUUACACGAAGAAGAAGAACGUGUUCCGACUGAAGUGCACGGACGGCUCGGAAUUCCUGUUUCUGGCACCGAGUCAGGAAGAGAUGGAAGACUGGGUUAACAAAAUAUCGUUCCACGCGAAGCUGCCGCCGAGCUUACAGCUUUUAAGCUAUGACGAGUCUCAGAAGCAAGAAAGUUUGCAGAGGCUGCAGAGCGCGGGGGAGGAUAACGCGUCUACCAGUAGCAGUCGCACUUCCACACCAGAGAUGGAGCGCAAGAACUCCGUGAUCAGGCGUGAUCCCGCCUCGCCGGGUCAACACCCGCCAAGCUCGGUGCAAAUAGAAUUCCUGCAGAUGCACCGACAGAAUCAACAACGGCGCAACGACGCGCAGAACGCCGAGGCAUUCCUUGCAUCGCAAAGAUCGGAACCGCAGACUCAGACGGAGUUCCUGCAGAUGCACAGGCAGCAGCAGCUGCUCGCGCAGCAACAGCUGAUGCAACAGGAGCAGCUGGCCAGUCAACGAGAUCAGUAUCAACAGAAUUCGGCGAUGCUGGGAACCGACAAACCGCCCAUACCACCACGAGGCGCUCCUCCACCCAUCCCUAUGCGAACACCUAGCUCAGAAAAUAUGAUGCAGUAUAGGCGCAACGACGUGGAACAUCACUUGCAACAAGGAAGGCCUAACGUCUACCAACGUAGCGCAACGUUAAAUCACAACGGAUCUGGGCAGUAUACGGCAAACGAGCCGCCGAUAUGGCACCGCCAGAGCAGCGUGGACCUCCCUAUGCAACAUCAAGAAUUAGCACCUCCUCUGCCAUUGAGUGCCCCUCCGCCAACCAGAAUGGCUCAGUGGAACACUCCUCAUGAUCCUGCGUACGGGAACGUGCCAGUAAACAUCAGACAGGGUAUGCAACAACAAAAUAACGCUUUUGCAAGCAGACCGACAUCGUUACCGCCUUAUGUUGCGCCGCCAGCAGCUCCGCAAACGUCUCCUCCAAACAUCACGGUAGUGGAUGGCAGAAGAGCGUCAGAAAGCGGAUCGGAAAGCGAGCAAAGCUCGGGCGGAAAUCGGAAGGACCGCGACUACAAGCGAAGUUCCGUGUUGAGCAAUCUAUUCGGAAGACGCAAGAAGCCCUCUCAAUCCUAACGCAAACAUAGGAAACUUUCGCAAAGAGCGCUUGUAGCACGACGAUUUUUGUAGCCAUCGCAAACCGUACUUAAAAUGGCGCAAAACAAUUCCUGAUCUUCCUCGUACAACGAAGCCUCUCCGGGAUACUGUCGGAGAUUUCGGUAUCACGGCGCUUUUGCGAAAUAUCUAUACAGUAUAUAGUAUCUUCUGUAAAUGCUACAGUAACUUCACUUACAAUUCGUAUGUUUAUUAUAAUGAUGAAUGACGUUACGCUACAAUACCAAAUGCGAAUCAAUGUGUAGCAAAUUUUCGAACGUUCACGAUUAAGAUCGAUGAAUAAUUAAUUAAAAUGUUUGAACUUCCUGCUUGCGAAUGUGACAACAAAUAAAAAAUUUAAAUUAGGAAUCGAUAUUCGUCGAAAAUAUGAAUUUGAUAAAAUUAUUUGAGAAUAAUUUCCGAUCUUGUCGAAUAGUUGUUCUUUUCUUGUAUACGCAAAGAUAUCUCGGUGGAAAGAUAUGUUCACAACAGUUUAAAAUGCUUAUCAACCAUCAUAGUCCCGAGGAUUAAUUGGCAAAUCCUGUCAAUUGUCAUGAAAUAUACUUUCCAUACGCUACUGUUAACGUUAGACAAUACAUUUCGAAAUAUUAUUAUAUGUUAGAAAUACUAUAGUGAAACUAAAUACGCAAAUAUACAGUUGUACUAUUUAUUUGUACAUAUUAAUAUAAUAAUAAGCAAUCCACACAAAGAGGAGCAUCCUUAGGGACUAUGAGAGAGUUGAAAAUGCUAUACUAAAAAUUUAAUUAUUUUGCCAGAAAGAAAGAGAACAAAUCCAUAUAAAUAUAUUAACUUCAUCAUGAUUAAAUUUUGAUACUUAACGUUAUAGUUUCUGAAUCUAAUAAGCUCUUACGAAGAGACGAAUCUUAAAUUGCUACGAUAAUGUCUAUCAUUGAUUAAUUUACGAACUGAUUGCUUAUGAAAGUACCACACAACGACGUUUUGUAAUAUAAAAAAUUAUAAUCCCGUAAAAAAAAAAGAUGAGAUGACCAUUGCCGAGUUUAUUUGAGAUGUACCUGACUUUAUAAACGAAGUUCAAGUAGUAGGAUGACUUUCGGAGAUUAUCUUUUUCCUUUCUUUUUUUUUAAGUUAAAAAAUAUCAGCAGAGACGUGAAAAUGCCAGGUGGGCGUAAUGUUUAAGUUGUAGAUGUCAUAAUAUAUGUUGCAAAUAUUAUAUUUUUGAGAAGAUCCACAUGUGGGACCAAUGAUCCUCUAAUGUAUUAGAUACCAGAGUUAUGUUAGACGUAAUAAUUUUUUGACGUGCAAGAAGAGAGAAAAAGAAAUGUUAUAUUCUCGAGUGUUAUACUAUUUUUACGAUUAUGGCAAUGUUACGAGAAGAGUGUAAAGUGUAUUUAAUACAGUUUAAAAAUCGUGUACUAUGUAAGCGUGUGUCACCGCUGUCCCGCAUGUAGUUACAGAGAGAGGAGGUCAAAAUACAUUGUACUAUUAUAUAUAAAA